AAACAGACUCACUCACCCUCAGAGCUUGCAAGCGGCUUUCAUUUUUAUAUACUGAAGAAUCCUAUUGAAAAAAGCGCGCGCCCACUUUAAUAAAUACCAAAAAAAAAGUAUCAUUCUGUUUUGAUUUUUCUAUUUCUAAAAGUUUUGAGAGAAAUAGAGAUAGCAAUAAGGCUUUGUUUCUUUCUCUGCAAGUUGAAACUACUAUGGCGGUUCAGAGCUCAACUACACAUGUUCCUUCGACCAACAAACCUCACACUCAAUUCUUUGUAUGGAGGGAGUUUGUAUGGGGAGCUAUUGCUGGUGCUUUUGGUGAAGGAAUGAUGCAUCCAAUAGACACCAUAAAGACGCGGAUUCAAAGUCAGGCUAUACUAAGUGCAAGCCAAAAUCAAAAGAGCAUAAUACAAAUGGUAAAAACUGUUUGGGUUGCUGAUGGAUUAAGAGGCUUUUAUAGAGGUAUAACUCCUGGGGUUACUGGGUCUCUUGCGACUGGAGCAACAUAUUUUGGCGUCAUAGAGUCAACCAAAAAGUGGAUUGAAGAAUCUCAUCCUGGCCUUGGCGGCCACUGGGCACAUUUCAUUGCUGGAGCUCUUGGAGAUACACUUGGCUCUUUUGUUUAUGUUCCUUGUGAAGUAAUGAAGCAACGCAUGCAGGUUCAAGGCACACCGAGAUCUUGGAGUUCUGUAAUCAUGAAAGAUAACAUCUCUUUGAAGCCUAGCAUGCCAAUGUAUGGUUACUAUACAGGGAUUUUCCAGGCUGCCUGUUCAAUAUGGAAGGAACAGGGGCUAAAAGGAUUAUAUGCAGGUUACUGGUCUACACUUGCAAGGGAUGUGCCUUUUGCUGGUCUAAUGGUUAUGUCUUAUGAAGCCUUGAAAGAUGUCACAGAGUAUGGGAGGCAAAAAUGGAUACCCAAUUCAAAUUGGCAUGUUAAUAGUUCUCUGGAAGGACUUUUAUUAGGAGGUUUAGCUGGUGGUUUUAGUGCAUAUCUAACCACUCCCUUGGAUGUCAUCAAAACAAGAUUGCAAGUACAGGGAUCGACUACUAGGUACAAUGGCUGGUUCGAUGCAAUUCAUAAUAUAUGGAAGACUGAAGGCACAAAGGGCUUGUUCAGGGGUAGUAUCCCAAGGAUUACAUGGUAUAUUCCAGCUUCUGCUCUAACGUUCAUGGCUGUGGAAUUCCUUAGAGACCACUUUAAUGAUCACACGCAAGUUGCAAGCUUGUCGGUUGACAAAAAAGAAUCUUCUUUACAGAAAGUAGCUUAGAAACUUGUACUGAAUCACAUUUGUUUCAGAAAUGCAGUGUUGCAUCAUAUCAAGUUUAAAUGUUUAGUAGACAUGUCAAUUGAAUUUCUUUGGUUGAGCUGGUGGUAACCAUGGCAGCAAUUUAUUGCCAAAUUUUCCUCACCAGCCAAUGUAAAAUGAAGUAACUGAAAUUUGCAA